CAGAUGAGCGUGGAAGAAUAUCGAAUUGCACAGCUGUACAUGAUACAGAAAAAGAGCAGAGAGGAGACAUGUGGGGAAGGCAGCGGAGUAGAGAUCCUGGAGAAUAGGCCAUACAUGGAUGGACCAGGAGGCAAUGGGCAAUAUACUCACAAAGUGUACCACAUUGGUAUGCACAUACCCAGCUGGUUUCGGUCAAUAUUGCCCAAGGCAGCUCUGCGAGUCGAAGAGGAAUCAUGGAAUGCAUAUCCUUAUACAAGGACAAGGUAUACGUGUCCUUUUGUGGAAAAGUUCUCUAUUGAUAUUGAGACAUACUACAAAACUGAUCCAGGAGAGCAUGUCAACGUGUUCAACCUUUCUCCUGCAGAAAAAAGACAAACUAUUCUAGAUCCUAUUGAUAUUGUUAAAGAUCCUAUCCCUCCACAUGAAUACAAAGCUGAGGAGGAUCCAAAGCUGUAUAAAUCAGUGAAGACUAAAAGAGGCCCCCUCUCGGAAGACUGGAUUCAAGAGUACAAGAACAACCCUGGCAAAUACCCCAUCAUGUGUGCAUAUAAACUGUGUAAAGUUGAGUUCAGAUACUGGGGGAUGCAGUCGAAAAUCGAGCGGUUUAUCCAUGAUGUUGGNNUACGGAAGGUCAUGGUCCGUGCCCAUCGGCAGGCUUGGUGCUGGCAGGAUGAAUGGUAUGGACUCACCAUUGAGGAUAUCCGGCAGCUGGAGAAGGAGGCACAGUUGAUGCUGGCUCAGAAGAUGGCCCAGUUCUGCAGUGAAAAUGAUACUGAGCAGCACGGUGUCAAAGACACUCCUGGUGAGAAGGAUGUUGAAGCCAACACAGUUUCACAUGUUGACACAGAGGAUGCCACUGGUAACAGCGAAACAGCCUCUGGGAGAUCUCUCACCAAGCAGUGGUCCACCUCUUCCAAGUCCUCACGAUCUUCAAAGAGAGGAGCAAGUCCCUCACGCCAUAGUAUCUCCGAGUGGAGGAUGCAGAGCAUUGCCAGAGAUUCAGAUGACAGCUCAGAUGAUGAAUUCUUUGAUGCGCAUGAGGAUUUGUCUGACAACGAGGAAAUGUUCCCGAAAGAAAUAACCAAAUGGAGUUCCAAUGAUCUGAUGGAUAAAAUUGAAACCCCCGAAUGCGAUGAUGUCCAGGGUGACUUGUAUCAUGAGACAUCAGCAGAGUACCAUGUUGGCUCCAGCGUGGAGAGGCUGAGCAUCAUUGAAGAUGAAUCAGUGCAGCCAUUAAUGCAGCCAAGUAAAAUCCAUGUCCUCCUCUUGGUACUCCAUGGAGGGAACAUUCUGGACUCAGGAAGUGGUGACCAGAGCUCUAAGCAAGGGGAUGUCAACACCAUCGCGACAGUGUUUGACACAGUGAUGAGGGUACAUUACCCAGCUGCUCUUGGACACAUUGCCAUCAGGCUGGUCCCUUGCCCAGCCAUCUGCUCCGAAGCAUUUUCACUGGUGUCCAGCCUCAGCCCAUAUAGUUAUGAUGAAGGCUGCCUGUCCAACAGCCAGGAUCACAUUCCCCUUGCUGCACUCCCUCUGCUAGCAACAUCAUCCCCUCAGUACCAAGAAGCGGUAGCCACAGUCAUCAUCAGAGCCAACCAGGCCUACAGCGAGUUCAUCAGAUCCCAGGAGGGCAUGUCAUUCAAUGGCCAGGUCUGCUUGGUAGGGGACUGUGUUGGAGGAAUCCUGGGAUUUGAUGCCUUAUGCUACAGCAAUCAGACUGUGUCUGAGAGCCAGAAUAGCAGUCGGCGAGGAAGUGUUGUGAGUGUCCAGGAUACCGACCUCCUGUCCCCUGGAAUAACGGUGAACAGCAGCUAUUGUUCCAGUGGCUCUAAUCUGGAAGCCAGCAGACACCUCAGCAGGAGCAACAUUGAUAUUCCCCGUAGCAACGGAGAAGAUCCAAAGAAGCAGCUGCCACGAAAAAGGAGUGAUUCAUCAACCUAUGAACUGGACACGAUAAAGCAGCAUCAAGCCUUUCUUUCAAGUUUACAUUCUAGUGUGCUGAGAAAUGACCCGGGAUCCAGGCGAUCUAGUAGCUCUACUAUGUUGGAUGGAGGAAAUAUUGGAAAGUUUGAAUUUGAGAUCACUGACUUCUUCCUCUUUGGUUCUCCCUUGGGUCUGGUUCUUGCACUGCGAAAAACUGUCAUUCCAGCUCUUGACAUCUUUCAGCUCAGACCAGCCUGUCAGCAGGUCUAUAACCUGUUCCACCCUGCAGACCCAUCUGCUUCACGCCUCGAGCCUCUUCUGGAGAGGAAGUUCUACCUUUUGCCUCCCUUUAAUAUUCCUCGUUACCAGAGGUUCCCGCUGGGUGAUGGCAAUUCUGCUGUUCUGGUUGAGACAAUCCAGAACAAUCCCAUCCUCCUCAUGGAAAGUAGCCCUCUGGGUGCUCUCCAGCACCAGGACAGCUUCAUGGAAACAAGUAUCCCCGUUCCCGUACUGAAUUGGCAAGAUGUUUCCAAUAAAAGUGCUGGUUUUUCUGAGUCAGAUGUUGUUCAGUCUCAUGGUGCCGUCUUCAUGGAAAGCGCGUCCCUGUCCACCCCCAUUUCAGCCCCUCAGUUCAGGGGCUUCCGAAGAGCCAGUGAGAUCAGCAUUGCCAGCCAGGUCUCAGGAAUGGCAGACAGUUACACUGCUUCCAACAUAGCCAACAUUGCUGCCAAGUGGUGGGGCACCAAAAGGAUUGACUACGCUCUCUACUGCCCUGAUGCUCUGACGGCUUUCCCAACGGUCGCUUUGCCGCACCUCUUCCACGUGAUGAGGCACGAGAACUCGAGUGUUUUGGAGCUGGAUGGGAAGGAGGUGUCUGUCUUCACCCCCUCCAAGCCCCGUGAGAAGUGGCUCCGCAAGAGGACGCAUGUGAAGCUCCGGAACGUCACAGCCAACCACAGGAUAAACGACACCAUCGCUAAUGAAGAUGGGCCCCAGACCUUAACUGGACGCUUUAUGUACGGUCCGUUAGAUAUGGUCACACUCACAGGAGAAAAGGUGGACAUUCACAUCAUGACCCAGCCACCAUCAGGAGAGUGGGUUUACUUUGACACUGAGAUCAGCAACAGCAGUGGCAGGAUUUCUUACGUCAUCCCUGAGAAGCGGCGCCUGGGCAUUGGCGUGUACCCUGUCAAGAUGGUGGUCAGGGGUGACCACACAUAUGCAGACAGCUACAUCACAGUCCUGCCAAAGGGGACGGAGUUUGUGGUGUUCAGCAUCGACGGCUCCUUUGCAGCCAGCGUAUCCAUCAUGGGCAGCGACCCCAAAGUCCGUGCCGGAGCGGUCGACGUUGUAAGGCACUGGCAAGACCUCGGCUACCUCAUUAUCUAUGUCACGGGCCGCCCCGACAUGCAGAAGCAGAGGGUGGUAGCGUGGUUAGCACAGCACAACUUCCCCCACGGGAUUGUCUCCUUCUGCGACGGGCUCGUUCACGACCCGCUGCGGCACAAGGCCAACUUCCUGAAAUCCCUCAUCACAGACCUCCACAUGAGGAUCCAUGCGGCAUAUGGAUCUACUAAGGACAUCUCUGUGUACAGCUCCAUCAGCCUCCCGCCCACGCACAUCUACAUCGUCGGCCGACCCACCAAGAAGCUGCAGAGCCAGUGUCAGUUCAUCACGGAGGGGUACGCAGCCCACCUGGCCCAGCUGGAGUACAACCACCGGUCGCGCCCCGCCAAGAACACCACGCGCAUGGCGCUGCGGAAAGGCAGCUUCGGGCUGCCCAGCCAGACUGAGUUCCUGCGCAAGAGGAAUCACCUGCUGCCUGAGCGCACCCAGAGCCAGUCCGACAGCGACAAGGAGAGGGACAGGGAACGCAGCCAAAGAAGUAUGAGCAUUGCCACAGGGUGCUGGGGCCGGAGCACAGCAUCCCGGCUGGAAUCUGGCCUCUUGGGGCAGAAGUAGCCAGGCCAGAGCCAGUGACUGUUGGCUGCAGCCACCGGAGGAGAAAACAGAAGGGAAGUGGGAUGAGGCCGGCGGUACGGGCUGGAAGGGUAAAUAUGGUGCUACUCUAAUAACAUCAUGGUAUUCUGGGAAGAGACAGGAUGUUUCCCACGCAGAACGUGCAGGCCUUGCAGCGGGAGCAUCGGGUUUGUGCAGCACGAGCCCAAGGAACAGCUGGAAACCAGGGGGGAAAAAGUCUCCAGGUCAAAAUCGCGCUCUCUCCUGCCUCCUUCUCUUAUCCAGGUUUAGAGACUGUAAAUACGUGCCUCCUCGCCUUGUUAGCCAUCGCUCCGAUACGCGUGAACGAGUGCUGUCCUCAGAGCCACAGGAACAGGGGAUGAGGCUGGGGGAACUUGUUCUUGGUUGUCCCAGGAGUCAGACUGAGGUGCUCUGCCAGUGCUGGCGCGGGGUGAGUUUGGGGUUCGAUAAGCGUGCUGUUUCCCCGGCACAGACAGCCCCGAGCGAGGGAUUUAUUGUGGGCAGUGCCAGGCAGAGCAACCGAGAGCUUUACCUGUACAAAGAGCUUCAAGUUCAGCCCCUUUCUCAAGGAGUACGUGCAGUGGCAAAGCAUAAAGAUGUAUCGAUGCUGUUGGUAGAGGCAGAAUGUCAGCAGAUUCACGCUCAAGAAAGCGGGGUCGUUAUUGUUAUUACUGUUAUUUUUUAAAGAGACCUUUUAGAAGCCGAUGGAAUUUAAUGCGUUGACCUAUUAAAAGAGGAAUACAAGCUAUUUUGUUUGAGCUGUUACAAACCUCAGACACUUAUUUGCUGUUCAAGUCUCCAAAUAUUCUCACUAUAUAUUAUCUCCAAAAGUAACCACCGUAUAUUUGGAAGCAGCUGAAGGCACUCAGCAGAUAGAUUGCAUUGCAGUUCUCAUCCAAAUGCAGGGUCUGACUCUCUCAACACCCACCUCUGAGAUGUUUUCUUCUUCCCAGGUUCUCUCCAAGUUCAGUAGCAGCUUUCAUGGGAACUAGACUCGCUGCUUUUACCUGUAGUUACUGAACUGUAAAACCUCAUUGUUUUUUGCACUGAUGAUUUUUAGAAUGGAAACCUGUUACCAUCUCAUGUAGCUACACCUAACUGUUUGUAGUGCAUGACAACGAAAUAUUGCUAAGCCAGGGUGUGUGUGUAUAUAUACAUAUACAUAUGCACACACACGUAUAUAUAU